AUGUCCCGGACCACCUCGUUCAAGCUCGUACUGCUCGGUGAAAGCGCGGUCGGCAAGUCUAGUCUGGUCUUGCGGUUUGUCCGCAACGAAUUCUCAGACUUCAGAGAAUCAACUAUCGGCGCCGCGUUCCUCACGCAAACAGUCAACCUGGACGAGAACACAGCAAUCAAAUUUGAAAUUUGGGACACUGCCGGACAAGAACGGUACAAGUCCCUCGCACCUAUAUACUUUAGGAACUCAAAUGCGGCUGUGAUCGUAUACGACAUCACACAACCACCAGAGACCUCAUUCGAGAAAGCCAAAUCAUGGGUCCGCGAACUCCAGCGUCAAGCCGACCCUUCCAUCGUCAUCAUGCUCGUCGGGAACAAGGCGGAUCUGGCUGCGAACCGCAAGACUCCUAAGGAGAUGGGAGAACAGUACGCACAGGAGGAAGGAUUGCUAUUCGCGGAGGCGAGCGCAAAGUCGGGUACCGGUGUCGAGGAGCUCUUCAUGGAGAUUGCGAGGAAAUUACCCACCAAUCCCCUACCUCAGCGGGCAGCACCGGGCGCCAAGGGCGUCAAGGUACAGGGCCAGGGGGAGCAGGGCCAGUCGGCAUGUACCUGCUAG